UUCCUCCCGGCGGAGCUAUGGGCGGUGGCGGGGUUGGGCUCGACUGGAGGCGGAUCCGGAGCGGGGUCUGGAGGCACCUCCGUGCCCGGGAUCCCCCCUUCGGCCGCGGCUGCGGCCGCCGCCGGGGUUCUCCUCUCGCACUCGGCCUUUUGGGACCCGACGACCAGCGGGGACUGGGACGGAGAGAGGCCGAGCGGUGCCUGCAUCCUCCGCAUUAAACGAGAUAUCAUGUCAAUUUAUAAGGAACCACCUCCUGGAAUGUUUGUUGUGCCUGACCAACAUGAUAUGACCAAGAUUCAUGCGUUGAUCACAGGCCCCUUUGACACGCCUUACGAAGGGGGUUUCUUCUUGUUCCUGUUUCGCUGUCCUCCAGAUUAUCCCAUCCAUCCACCACGGGUCAAGCUGAUGACAACUGGGAAUAACACUGUGAGAUUUAACCCUAACUUCUAUCGCAAUGGGAAGGUCUGCCUCAGUAUUUUAGGCACUUGGACUGGUCCAGCCUGGAGUCCGGCACAGAGCAUUUCUUCGGUCCUUAUCUCCAUACAGUCUCUAAUGACUGAGAAUCCCUAUCACAAUGAGCCUGGCUUUGAACAGGAAAGGCAUCCUGGAGACAGUAAGAAUUACAACGAAUGCAUUCGGCAUGAGACGAUCAGGGUGGCUGUGUGUGAUAUGUUGGAAGGAAAGUGCCCCUGUCCAGAGCCCUUACGGGGAGUUAUGGAGAAGUCCUUCAUGGAAUAUUAUGAUUUUUACGAGGGGGUGUGCAAAGAGAGGCUGCACCUCCAAGGACAAACAAUGCAGGAUCCCUUUGGAGAGAAGCGAGGACACUUUGACUACCAGUCCCUUCUGGUACGCUUGCAAGGAAUCCGUCUGAAGGUGCAAGAGAAACACCAGCAGGAGAACCCAGACAUAGACUCAGAGAGUAGCUCCUCUGAAACAGAGACAGAUACUCAAGGCAGCAUUAAGGCCUAGGAAGCCUCCCACCGGAUUGCUUGGGGAAUCCAAGGUGUGGGGUGGGAUCUUCUGACUCCAGGUGCUGUGAAGGAUCCCGGCUUAGACCCGAGAACCAGCCUGGUUCCAGAGUGGAUAAAACAUGGCUGAAGAAGCAUCCCUUGUCUCCUUCGGUGCUCUGGUACCUGCUGUUUAAAAACAAAAAGAGGAUUUGAUGCUAAAACUGAACUGGGCUUGUCACAGGCUGCAUCAUGGAAAUGGUCCUUUCCUUCACUGUGGAGACCUUAUGAGCUAAUGGCAUCAAGGCAUUCUGGAAGAACCUGUGAUGGAUGGUUUUCUCUCCCCCCCGGCUCUCGGUUCUAAAAGAGCACGAGGUCAAGCAUGACUUUUUGUUCCAUCGCCUCUGAUUCAAAACAUACUGCCUGAUGUCAGCACCUCCCUUCCAGCUUGCCUCCAUGCCAUGAAGGGCUCUGCGCCAUUAAGUCUGUUAAAGCACUUUUGACAGUGUAUAUAAUGGAAGACCCACCUGUUCUUCAUAGUGGUUUCAUUGUAGCUUCCCAGUUGGAUUGGUGAUGCCUGUCCUAGACAGACCAAAGAGAAGGAGCUUCUGCUAGAACGGCUUUACGGUGAUUAAAUUUUUGAAAAAGUUUUCAAAGCUUUAUUCAAUCCCUGAUCUCUUUUGCCCUCACCCACACCCAGAAUUCAGUUGAGAAAUGAAUGAAAAAACAGACCAGAAAAGAUCCUGAAUUUGAGAUGUCGCAACUUUAUUGAGCAACUAACCAGUCAAUGUUACCUUGUUUAAUGUUAAACUUUGUUUUCAGUAGUUCUAGAAAGGAGGCAUGGAUCUUAUAAGUUGCAUAUGGUUUGCAGGGGGGAAGGUUUAGCACUGCAGUCCAGGAGAAGGGAGGGCUACAGAGGACAAGCAGUUCUGUAGUCUUUUGAUAGCAUUUGAAGGAAAAGAGAGCAAAUCUAGAUAAUCACAGAGAGAAAAAAAAAGAAACCUGGCAGUUUUCCUCUGAAGCUUUGAUGCAGUGGCAGGCUUUGCUGUGAAAAUAACUAACUGGCGCCUCUAAUUAUUGGAUGAUGUCAAGAGGGAACUUGGUUAGUGUCAGUCUGAGUCAGACUAUAAAAAUCUGAAGAGUGAAAAAGAACUGUUGAAACGCUUUGCGGAAGGACUUGGUCUUCUUUGGGCAAAUCCUUUGCUGAAAGGGCGACUGUGCUUGCACAUGUAUGUCUCUUUUGUGACAUUUGUCAUAAAUCCUUUGAUUGUUCUGUCGAAAGUAAGAGAAAGGAAAAAAGGCUGCAGCCUGAAGGACAUACCUUUCGAGGACUUAAUUGUGAUGUGAUUUACCUCCUAGCUGGUAAGCCUCUUUUUAAAAAAAGUUUAGUCGUUUCUAUAUAGGAAAUGUCCAGAAGCGUUGUGAGCGCUCUUUUUUCUUCAUCUAAAAACUGCUUUAAGCCAUCUGAAAACUGGAAGAACAUUUGUGUCCUAUAGAUGCACUCUCUGGUCCAAAACUAUUGGGGAAGCUGCAGAUGUUUUGCAGAUACAUGAUUUCUGGGCACGUUGAUCAUAAGAAGUGCAUUUAGCCCACUCUCCUUCUCACCCAUCUGUGAAAGCCCCAAUUCUAGUAGGUACAGCUCUCAUCUGCAAGCAUCUCAUCUUCCAACUGAUCUUGCAUCUCUUUAGAGCAGAAAGAAUCAUUGCUGCCUAAAAUGGUGUGGAGCCUUCUGUUAGCUAACUAAAUUUUGUUCACCUGCUUUUGGAAGUGGAAUGGAAUUGCCCCCCCUUUGUCCGCUCCUGGUCACUAUCAACACCAUAAGCUAGAGGAAAAAAAUCUUAUGGGUAGGAGAUGAAAGCAAAUAAAGUGUAAUGCAAGAUUGCAUUUUAAUGCCUCGUGGAAGAACAGCUCACAAGACGGAGCUAAUCCUAUAAUGUUCAUUUUAAUUUCCUGGGGUUCAGCCCUGCAGAAGGCAGAUGUGCUUAAUCCCACCCCUAGCUCUUGAAAUCAAAGGGACUUGAGUGCACAGUUAUUUUUUAAGUCCCACUGAAAUCAGAGGACUAGGUAGGCCUUAUAUUCUCUGGACUGUGCCAAUUAUGUAAAAUCCCCCCCCCCCAAAAAGGCCCAAAUGCUAUAGUCACCAGGGCCACGAAGUGCUCCCUGGUCAGGGCACCUGUUAUUUCUGAGAGCUUAAUUCCAGAUGCAUGUUGGCUGUUGAACCAUUAUACAUUUUUUUCCGAACAAGCCACAACAGAACAUGAAAAUGCCUUAUGUGGUUGUUUAUUUCACACAGCUCGCAUGUGGAUGUAAGAAAAAAACAAAAAGGAAUAUGGUUUUCUAGCUGCCCAUAGUCAUCUGUCAGCUGUUUUCUGAAUGUUUCCAUUUCAAAAAGUGACAAUCCUAGAUGACUGAUCUAGACAAAUGUUUAGUGACAGAAUUUUAGGCCUAACAAGCUAAAAAGACAAAAAGAAAUGCACAAGGGUCUUCAAAUAGAGAAACCUUGUUUAUAUACAAUUGUACAUAAAGGGUUUUUUUGUGCAAUAAAGUUUGUUUUGGCAGGACUCUUAA